AUGGCCAGUCACCUCGAGGAAUAUCCAGGAGAUGGAAUUGCCCUCCGGCUGCAACCUGGGAGUGGGACAAAACCAGCAGUCAACAGAGUCCUAGAUACUCCAGAAAUCCUAGAAAUGAUAUUGGUUCGGAUGGAUAUGCGCUCACUUCUCACGUCUGCUCAGCGGGUCUGUCACAGCUGGACAAAGCUGAUCACGAAGUCGCCAUCAAUCCAAAAAUGUCUUUACUUCACUCCAAUCAAGGACUCCGAGUGGGGAAUGGAGGAAAGCUUUCCCAACCCGCUGUUGACAGAGACCUUUCCUUCUAUCUUUCCCGCCAAGGAUAGAUUGGAUCACUACACGUCCAACUUUUCCGACUUGACUAUGACUGAAGACGCUACAACGAUGGCUCGAUUCGUACGAAAGGAUGCAAGCUGGCGCAAGAUGCUGGUACAACAGCCCCCUAUCUCGGAACUUGGAACAUUCCAAAUUUCCCACGGGAUGCGCGGCUAUUGCGCCGGAAGCUCUGGUAUCCCGGAGCUAAGAUGCGGUAUCCAGGCGGAUCAAGAGAUGCAACAACCCGGGCAGGAAGGCCUCCGUAUGGAAAGGCUCUUCGAGCUUUUGCUGUUCAGUCCCAGGGUUGGGUUCACCGCGUAUACAAAAGCGCGCGUGUAUUGGCAUUCUGAAGAGCCGAUCCGUUUUAAUGAAAGCCGCCCGAAUAUCAAUGAUGAGUUCCAUCGGACUUUAAGCAGUGCGGCGGAACUUGUCAGGCAGCAGGUUAUCACAGCAUAUGGAGAAGAGGGGUUGAAUGUUCGCUCGAAGAGACUGGAUAUCGAAAAGUUGGGUAGGGAAGAAGUAACUAAGAAGGAGAAGGAAGAAGCUAUGAUUCGCUGA